CAUUAAGGAGAAUGACACCCUUGGUCAUAUUAUCAACGUAAAACUUCCCGAAGGAUUUGUGCCACUUGUUAACUGGCAAACAUUGGAUUAUUAAAACUUUGUUUUAAUGUUUAUAUCAACCCGUCACCGGAUAAGAGAGAUAUAAUUAACAUAGCCAUCAUUGGGAUUAAAUAAAGUUUGCUCCAGGAACAGACAAACUGACAAACUAUGGUCAUUUACAAACACACGGAUGUUUUCAUCGUUGUGGUUUAAUAUAUAAGGAAUGUGAGAACCAGCGUUAAUCAGUCAUACAGACAACACCAACGAUAAUAUGCAUUCAAGCUACGCUCAGCUUCAUUGAGAAGGAGAACCAACUCAGUGCACCAACGAUAAUACGCAUUCAAGAUACGCUCAGCUUCAUUGAGAAGGAGAACCAACUCAUUGCACCAACGAUAAUACGCAUUCAAGAUACGCUCAGCUUCAUUGAGAAGGAGAACCAACUCAUUGCACCAACGAUAAUACGCAUUCAAGAUACGCUCAGCUUCAUUGAGAAGGAGAACCAACUCAUUGCACCAACGAUAAUACGCAUUCAAGAUACGCUCAGCUUCAUUGAGAAGGAGAACCAACUGAAAAAUAUAGUUAUAGGAGCCAUUGGCUGUACAGGUGAGGGAAAUUGAUCCUGAGAAACUAAAGAUGAAGGCGAAAAAACAAGUACAAUCACAAAGCAAUCUAGCUGAUAUUUUUGUGGAAUGUAACCAAAAAACAAUCCGUCAGCUCUCACAGGCGAAACUAAAUAGGGUCUCGACUGAAGGAAUAUUACAAGGUCUCAUCAAGCCAAAAACAGAGAUAAAGCCACUGAUUGUGGACGUACGGGUAAAGACUGAGUCAAUUUUUGGAGAUGCAAUCAAAGAUAAACAAUCUGGGGAAAGAACUACGCGAGCAAAAUCAAAACAUGUGAAAAAGUUGGCUCGUCUUGUUAAAAAAGUUACAGGUGGGCUUCAUGGCAAUAAAACGCAGACGAACAAAGGCACUUGUAAUAGUGCAGAGACAUGCCCCAAAGAUGGCGCUUUGGAAAAGCAGACGACUUUUACAAUAGAAGAUCCAGCAAAUACAAUGCCAAAUAAUUGUCGUAAAAGAAACCACGAUAAACUAAUUGAACGCGAUUGCGUACAUCCAAACAAGAAAUAUAAAAUCGGGAAAACGACAAUUCAAAUCGAGAAAACGACAAUUCAUAUCACGGACAGUAUCUGCAUAGAAGAAAUAAAAAUUCCAGAGGAGCUCUUCACCCAGAAACAUAUCACAAGAGAGGUAUGUUCCCGAAGUUCAAAAUCUCUCAAAUCUCCACCAAAAAAGGACAUCCUCGAUCUAACUAUGACUGACUACAAUUACGAAUCCUCGAAUGUUGUAUUCCACAAGAACAAUGACGGUAAAUGUGAAUACUUUCUCACCUCGAGUGGGACCUCUAGGAAUUCAUUUAGGCCAUCGUCCAGCACAUCGUUAAGGAAGAACAUCACAGGGACGACGAUGGUUGGUGGAAUAUUGCAUACGGAUCUUUAG